AAAAAAAAAACCUUGAGUAGUUUAUUGUCCAGAGCAUGGAGAAUUGACGAAUGACGACCCCGUUGGAGCACCGGAAUCGCCGUCAAAUCUCAUCCCGAGCAGUAGCAGGGGGCUGCCUCAAUCCCCUCCGGCGGCGUGCCUCCAUCCAUCCCCUCCGGCCUCUCACCCCGACAGAACACCGGCGGCCUUCAAGUUCCGGCCGGUGUCGGAGACGAAACGGCCUAUAUUUAGAUGGAGGAGAGGGCGGAGGAGAUCUGAGCAAGCCGAGGUUGCGCGCGCGCGAUGGGGAAAAAGCUACCCCCUUCUACUCCGGCCUCGUCAUGGACGGAGACGGCGGGAAGGCGGCGCAAAGGCCCCUCCUUGGCCCCGCUCUCUGCCUGCAAGCGCCGGCGGACCCCUGAGGCAAGCGGCUGGGCUUCCCUCCCCACCGAUGUAGUUCACCUCGUCACCAGCCGCCUGCUGGCCGACGACGUGGUGGACUACAUCGUCUUCCGGGCCGUCUGCUCCGGCUGGCGCAGCUGCACGAGCGACGCGCGCGACCCCACCCUGCGCAAACCGGACCUCCUGCCGCGCGGCUGGGUCGCCCUCUGCGACGGCGACGGGGUACGCCCGGACGACGCCGGCGAGAUCAGCUUCUUCCACACACAGACGGCCAGGCGCCUCCGCGUCCGCCUGCCGGAGCUCCGGCGCCACAGGAUCGUCGGCUUCACCCAAGGACUGAUCAUUCUUCUGAACAAACGCACCACCGCCGUGCGGGUGCUGCAUCCCUUCACACGGGUCGUGGUCGACCUCCCGUCCCUCGUCCCCGUGUUCCACGACGCCGUCAGGAACCGGAACUCUCUGCUUGACAUGAAUGCCGCGGUCUGCAGCGCGUCCACGACCUCCAUUGCCGUGGUGGCCUGGUUCCUGUGGACGCGCGUGGUGAUCGGCGCCGAGGCUGGCCGCCCAACUUGGGAGGUCCUCCACCGAGGGCUUUUCCUUAGGAGCAUCCUGCCCUUCCAAGGAAGGCUUUACGCCACCGUCGCCAUGGGUGGCUCAAGAGAGAUCAUGCAGCUGUACCCGAGAUCACCACAUCCUGUGCUUGCUCAUGUUCCAAAUGAUUUCGGUAAUCCGAGCCUAUGCAACUACUUCCUCGUAGAGUCCGGUGGACAAGUGCUGCUUGCUGUCCACCAUUUAACCGGGCAACAUUGUGGCGUGGAGCCCUUACAGCAAAAUGCCUAUAGGCUAUUUGCGUUGGACAUCGACCGCGGUGAACUGAUCCCAGUGAACUGCCUCGGUGGCCACGCGCUGUUCCUCAACAGGGAUCGGUGCCUCUCUGUUUCGGCGAGGGACCUCCCAUCUGUGAGCAGCAAUUCCAUUUACUUCUCUUUGCACCGUGACCCUGUUGUGGUGCACUCCAUAAGGAUAGGUUUCUCUGAGCGGCUAGCAGUGUCAUGCCAAAUACAUGACGGGAAGGAUAGGAUCCGACCCUCCAUGCGCCCUUUCACCAUUGCCGACCAUCUUCUAACCUACUGCCAUCCUCAUGAGUGGACAAAAGGACUCAUGUUUCAUGAGUACCACUCUAUACCUGAAUCUUUCGAGGAAUUGACGACGAACAUCAAGGCAAAAAAUUCUGAACUACGGAUUCCUCGCAUUGCGGUUCGUUGAUUGGAAGGAAGAAACAGGGCCACAACACUUCACACUAGCCAGUGAAUAAUGCCAAUAGACAGUCGACCCAUAAUUCCCUUGCUGGCUCAGUUGGGAUCUAUGUGUGGCUAGGUCAAUUCGUUGGUGGCUCCCAACGCAACGUGCACGAAUCUUUUGAAUUUGGUUAGGCAGCAGUUUGUCUAUGCUAUGCAUAUAACGGUGGUUCAUAUCUGAGGUCUGGCAAAUAGAUUGGAUCUGUCGAACAUGGGCUCAUUGCAACCUAUAAGGAUAUAAACAAUGUGAUAAUUAUCGGAUUCACUUCCCCUUUAAUCUGCAUGCUGUUUAGGAUCAAAUUGCAUAUGAUGUUUGUACUUGAAUGAGGCAACUUGCGAUUAGCAGAAUCCUACUAAUGUCUCUGUUAUCAGCA